AACUAGUCAAAUUAGAUCCUUGUUAGAAUCCGCUAUCCGACGACCCGAGGAGCGUAUUGGACUCGCUUAAAUUAGACAGUCAGAUUUUCAAGUCACCACACGGACCAGGACCCACCUAAUAGCACAAUGUCAGUUGAGCGAAUAUUCGAUGAACUUGGACACUUCAAAAGGUUCCAAGCAUGUUUAUACUUUGCUGCAGUGUUCCAGGCCAUAGCCUGUGGAAUCCACUACCUUGCAUCUGUGUUUCUUGUGGAGACGCCAAGCUUCGUCUGUGCACCGCCAGGGAACCUGAGCGACGUGCUGUACCAUAACCAUACGGGACACACGCUGGAGGAGGUGUUACCUUUCUUCAAACCCGGGAAGGGGCCAGUGGUUGUGCAAACGUCCAGUGGUGACCAAUGGGAGUUAAGCCCUUGCAGAUGCGCUUUACGGAUCAACCCUACGGACUUCACGUACCAAUUUGACGGCAACAAGACGGUGUCAGCGUGCGGGCUCUACGUGUACGACCACAGCGAGGUGUACCAGAGCAUUGUGACGGACUGGGACUUGGUGUGUGAGAGGGAAUGGCUGGCCAAGCUGUGUCAGCCUACCUUCAUGCUGGGAGUGUUGAUUGGGGCCCUGAUGUUUGGGGAUAUCGCUGAUAGGGUGGGCAGGAAGAGGAUUCUACAGUUCACCAGUCUGGGGCAGUUCAUCUUUGGUGUGUGUGUGGCGUUCACAGGAAACUACUACUUCUUCAUAGUUGUCCGCUUCUUCCUCGCCAUGGUGUCCAGUGGUUACCUGGUGGUGGUGUUUGUCUACGUGACUGAGUUCACCGGUAACAAGGUGCGCACGUGGACCUCCAUGCACGUGCACGCUGCUUUUGCCGUGGGCAUCAUGGUGGUGGCCCUGGUGGGCUACCUGGUCCGGGUGUGGUGGGUCUACCAGAUCAUCCUCUCCGUCUGCACCUCCCCCUUCCUGCUCUUCUGUUGGAUGUUCCCAGAGACGCCCUUCUACCUGAUGGCAAAGGGCCGCAUCCAGGACACCCAGGUCCUGCUGGACAUCAUGGCCCGCUUCAACGGUCUGGAGUCUGGCCUGAAGGCCACAGACCUCCUGGCCACGGAGCAUCAGGCCUCUGGGGAAAAGGAGGCUAUGCUUGAAUCUGGGCCUGGGCCUGAGGCUGGGCCAAAGUGUGAGUUGGGGUUGCCUGAGAGGAAGCUGAGCAUCCUGGAUCUGUUUGGCACUUGGAGGAUGGCUGGCAGAACGCUGACGGUGUGGGCCAUCUGGUUCAUUGGCAGCCUGGGCUACUAUGUGUUUUCCCUGGGCUCCGUCAACCUUGGGGGGAACCAGUAUAUCAACCUCUUCCUGGCUGGUGCGGUGGAGUUUCCCUCCUAUAUGAUUGGCUGUUAUGCCAUGGACCGGGUGGGCAGGAAGAGGACGUGUGCCCCAGCUCUGCUGCUCAGUGGGAUUGCCUGCAUGCUUAUCAUUGUGGUGCCAAAUGAUAUACAGGUGUUAGCCAUCAUCCUCAAUAUGACAGGAAAGUUUGCCAUUGCCAUCGCAUUCGGACUUAUUUACCUGUACACCUGUGAGCUCUACCCUACCGUCAUCAGGUCCCUUGCGGUAGGCAGUGGUAGUAUGAUGUGUCGUGUGGGCAGUGUGGUGGCUCCCUUCUGCGUGUACCUGGCCGACAUCUGGUUGUUCUUACCUCAGUUGAUUGUGGGGGUCCUUGCGUUCAUCAUCGGUGUGAUGACCUUCCUGCUACCAGAGACCCUUGGGGAGCCCCUGACCACCACCCUGGAGGAAGCUGAGGCCCUGGGAUGCAAGCCCAGCAAGAGGAGCCCUGACCUGGGCAUCACAGACCCAGAGGAUGGAGUAGAGAUGAUCCAGAGCUCCAACCACCAGAUCAAGGCCUGAGCUGUCAGCCAACCAGGGACAGAGAGAGAGAGAAGGAGAAAGAAAGAGAGGACAUUAACAUAGAGGGCGCCAAAAAAAUUGAAAAGGGGAGUAGAGAAAGAAAUCAAGAGAGAUUUCUACAAAUGGAAACACAUAAAACUAAUACAAAGUACGCUCACAAUCCCACCCAACAACUUCUCAUUUGGAUACUAAAGAAAACUUUCAGAUGACAUAUAUUUUUGACAUCGGCCAAGUGACCAAUUAUAGAGCAGGGACACCACCCUUCCCAGGAGCCCAGAUUGCUGUUGCCAGGGACGAUGGAGCGCGAGCAGUUCCGCUGUUCGACAGAUGCCACAGAUGUGCAAGUCGUGUGCCUUAGCGUCAUAGCAACCAGGGAAUUUACAAACAGCAUGAAGAUAAUCAGUUGCAUGUGUAUUUGUAUAAUGAAGAAAGUGAGACUGGUGUCUGUGCUCGAACAGUGGCACUGACAGGUGAUUAGAUGACCGCUUCUCUACAACUAUCAUGGGUAGAUUCCGGUGGCCAUUUUGAAGAAGAAAAAAACACACGCUUAAAUGUGUAAACAAUAACGAGGUACUAGUUAUAGAAUCUCAGGGAAUUUAUUGGGUAGGAUCUCACUGUGAUGUAAUCCUUAAUAUUCUCACUGUCCAUCAGUGUUGUUUACCAAUAAUUUAAGCUGAGCUAUUGUGUGUUUAUUGUGUGUGAUUGGGUCAUUUAAAAAUAUCCAAGCUAUAUACUGGUGUACAUGUUUAAUGCAAUACUGUAUUAAACUUACAUGUCUGUGUUGGGGAAAGAUCAAUUGCUGUAUUAUUUAGUUAAAAUAAUUAUUGCUUCCAACAUGUACAGCCUGCGUGUAUAAGGACCAUAUUUUGGACCAAAUACAGUGAUUAUUACCCCAUUGAAAAAACGACACCAGUUUUUAGAUCUAAAUAAUCUGUAUUAAUAUCUAAUUAAUAUCUAAUUUAAAUCUGUUACUUAUCUCAUGGAAAUACUGCGUCUUUGACUUAAGGCACACAGUCUGUUUAGUCUUAGAGUCAGUGAAGUGGUUGUUGAUAUGUAUUUUUGUACUGAUGUAAGUUUAAUUAUAUGUUUAUUUGUUGAAAGAAAUCAAAAGAAAAUGCCUAAUAUGUCCUUGUUGGAGUAUAUAAAACCGAAACUUCACACCUUCAGACUUUCACUGCAAAAGUUAUACUUUAUCUGUUAAUCACGUUGUGAUUGAGUUACAGUAUAGAUAAAAAGAGAGAAAGUUUGAUCUGCAGCCUGCUAACCUUGCACGCACACACACACACACACACACACACACACACACACACACACACACACUAUGAAAAGAUGAUACAGAUAUGGUAAAAAAAUUAUGACAGACUCAUACAAUGGCCUACACAUAACUAAACAUCAAUCUGGGUAGGAGAUAAUGCCCCCUGCUGGUCAUUUUAGGAGUUACUUCCCAGUAACACAUUCCAAGCCCUGGAUAUAUUUACAUUUAGUCAUUUAGCAGACGCUUUUAUCCAAAACAACUUACAGUAAUUACAGGGACAUUCCCCCCAAGACAAGUAAGGUGAAGUGCCUUGCCCAAGGACACAACGUCAUUUGGCACAACCGGGAAUCGAAUCAGCAACCGUCUGAUUACUAGCAUGAUUCCCUAACCGCUCAGCCAUCUGACUCCAUAUAUGUGUACUCCAAUAGUUGUACUCAUCCAAUAGAAUUAGUUUAUCUCAUUCAAUCUUCCAAUAUUACUCUCCAGGUGGCGUAGCAACUGUAAGGAAGGCUGUAUCCUUAAUUUAAUUAUCUGCUCGUUGGAUAGAUGUUAGUAAAGUAAAUGCUUUUAAGUCAAUAAACUUAAUGUAAAGGAAUAAUUUUGGAAAGAACAUUACAUACAAAAAUGCUGUUUCAUUCUCUGAGAUCUGAAAGAAAAGAAGAGACGGUAACUGCAAUUU